CUGGAGUCGCACAUGAACAGUCAUACCGGCGCCAAACCACACAAAUGCGGGGCGCCCGGCUGCGACUCGAAAUUCGCGACACGCUCCAAUAUGCUCCGUCACCGUCGCCUGCACGGGCCUGAGGUGUGCGCGAUGCUUGAGGAACAGGAGAAGCGAGAGGCUGCCGCGGCGCCGACGCCCAUCAUUUUCAACACGCCUAUCGUGAACGAGGGCUCUGAGGAGGGCGGUCCAGGGAUAAACGUGCAGUGGAUGGCGCCCAACCAGGCUACAAGGCCGUACACCCGUUACCCGGAUUUGCUCCCGGACGAAGGAGGAUCCUCGACGGGAGGAGGAUCGUCAUCUUCUCAGCAAACGUAGGUGGUCAUGUUCGCGGGCUUUACCUAGUCUCUAGUAUUUGUGUUGUGAUGUUUGCUCGCGCUGUGCGCACCGUGUCGUCUUUGCUUAUAUCCAUGCUAUCUCCGUCAUGCAUUCUACUACUCAUAUACCGUACAAUGAUCGCUUUUUACCCCAUGUAUCAUCGUCUUACUGCCUCG